GUUGCUUUUAACAAUAAAGGAAUAAAGCUCAGAACAUGAAGUUCUUCAUUCUGUCUCAGGGUGCACAAACUUUUGCACUCACACGCAUAUCCAUGAUGAAGAUCACGCUGGUGAGCAUCACCGUGACCAUCGCGCUCCUGCUGGAGGUCCACGCUGACGUCCUGCCGCAGAAGAACUUUGACCUGAAGAGGUUCGCAGGUCGCUGGUACCGCGUGGGUCUGGCGUAUAACUCGCCCGGCUUCGCCCGGCACAGAAACAAGCUGACCAUCUGUAUGGGCGUGGUGGAACCGAAGGAGAACGGAGACGUCAUGAUGACCGUGUGGAAAACGAAGUCCUCCAUCUGCCAGAAAGAAGUCUACAGAUAUGAGAAGACGGCCGUACCUGGCGUGUUCACGUACUUCAGCACACGACACAGCCGUGUGAAGGACAUCACUGUGGUGGAAACCAACUACAGCGAGUUCGCCGUGAUUUAUAAACACAGGAAGUUUAACCGGGAAUUCUCUCAGGUGUCUCUGUACAGUCGUAGUCAGAAGUUGAGACCAGAAGUGAUUGAGAAGUUUAAAAAAUACGCCACGCAGCACGGCUUCCCUGAAGAGUCCAUUGUAAUUCCACCACCAGCAGAUAACUGCCCCCUCGCACGCCACUAAAGUGGUGUUGGAUUACAGCACAGCGCGAGUGUGAUGCAGCUCAGACAGGACGUUCUCUACAGAGCCCAGCUACUGAACUGGAUCUCAAGGCUCCAUCAGGAGAACCUACUUCUGUAUCUUAAUCAGCUGUUAAUGUUAAUCUGUAAUAAAGCUGUAAGGUCCACUCGCUGAUCCAUCUCACGAUCAUAAGCUAGUCAGUCUUGGCCAUUAGACGAUUAGAGGUAAAUUAACGAAUGCUAUUUACAUGGCCGCUCACGCUCGCCCUUUUAUCUAAAAGUAUUUUGUUUAGUUCCCUCAGAUAGUAGACACUUAAUGUACACCUGUCAGGUGUUACUUACAGUAACAUUAUUUCUAGCCAGAGGUCAUGAUCGCUAUAAUUUACAAAGAUAGCCCAACAUUACCCAAGUUUAAAAUAGCUUUAUAAAAAUCAUGUCAUAGUUUCCUAUAUACAGUAUGUACACUUAGCUGGAAAAGUAUUAGAAUGACCAGAGGUUUAAACUCCACCCUGUUUAGGUUAGUCGAUCACCUUGGCAAUUAACUAGCACACUCGAACUAACGCCAAGUUGUUAGUCGGAGCUCUAAAGUCUCAGCCAGCGUACCUGACGCUCCGCUCGGAACCGAGCUUUACUCUGCUGCUAACCCGAGCGUAGAUUUGUGGAAACAUGGACUUAACGUAAUCUAUUAGAGACAAUAAUUCAGAAUAUAGUCAAGUCUAAUCAUUUAUUUAACCAGGUAGGAACAUAUCCAAAUCCAAUAAGAAGAAGAAGAAAGAAUCACAAUCAAAUUCAAUCAUUUGAGAAUCAACCUCGCAUACCUGGUAGAAAAAACUACACGCAGCGACUGUGCGGGAGAUCUGUCUGUCUGCCUGCCUGUCUGUCUGCCUGCCUGUCUGUCUGCCUGCCUGUCUGUCUGCCUGCCUGUCUGCCUGUCUGUCUGUCUGUCUGUCUGUCUGCCUGUCUGCCUGCCUGUCUAUCUGCAGGUUCUCCCGAGUUCCUUCACAACCCUCCCUGAAUAUCCAAAUUGAGUAAACCUUGUGUCCUUUAAUCAGUGAGGAUUUGUGGAAGAAUGUUGUUUUUUUUCCCCUCGACCUCUUGGAGUUUGACCUUGUUUUGACAGAGACCUUCCGUACCAGUCACACGGAAACCUCUCAAACGUAAUCAACCAAAUGGUACCGAAUCUUCUGAUCAACGAGAUCAACAAAGAGACCUUCUAUUCAUCAGUCACACACAGAGACCUCUACGAUUAUUCAUUUCAUUCUUCGUUUAUUUAUAGAGCACUUUUAAAAACUGCCUCAAGACUGACUGAAGUGUUCGUGUACAUGAGUAGAAUACAGAAAAAUUAAAAUGUUUAAAACAUAUCUCUCUCUCUCUCUCUCUCUCUCUCUCUUCUGCAUUUUAGCCUUGAACAAGGGACCGUCAGUAGGUUAAGGUUGCCAGAUCUGAAAGUAAUGGGAGGGUUGUAGGGACACAAUGGAUCAGACAGGCAGUUAGGAGCAAGGUUCUGUAAGCAUUUAUAGACUGGAAGCCAAUGGAGAUCUCACACACUGGGAGUGGCUUGAUCAUAUUUGAUCCAUUCUUGAGACAUUUGGCUGCAGCUGGAGGUGAGCUACCUGGAACUUUUUAUUGGUACCGGUACUUAUUUCAAAUAAAUGUACAUUUGUUUAUGCAAAUGAGGCUUCAUUUCAUUUAAUACACACAAAUUUGCAUCCUUAACACAACUAGAUGAUAGGAUUGAAAUGUUUCGACAUUCGUAUUAGAUUUAUUACUGCAGUUUAAGAGAAGCUAGUCUUCUUUCUUCUUUGGUGUUUUACGGCAGGUUACAUUACUGCCACCUGCUGUCUCACUGUAACUUACUAUUUCUUAAUUCAAUUCGUCCUCCCAGUCCAUUUAUAGAUGUAUAGUUUAUCCAAAAUAAAAAUCUGAAAAACUAUUUACCUGUGUUGUAUUGAUUUCUUGCGAUAAUUGAAAAUAUAGAAAAAUAAAGAAUGAUUUUUUUUCUUCUAA